CAGAAGAAAGAAAGAAACAACUGCGACUUGGCUCUUGCUGGUGCUGGGAAUACUGUGCCUUUUGCCUGGGAUGAUUCCUUCUGAUGGGAUGUACAAAGCGCCACUGGGACAGAGCCAGCCAACAAAGUUUGCAAAGCAAUCUAUGGGGUCCAUGGGAUGGAGGUAGCUGGGCACACACUGAUGAGGUCUGUCACACACUGCCCACCAACGCCGCUCCACUGCUGGCUGCAGGACUAACUCCUGGGGACUAAACUUUUGCAGCUCAUCCUUUGCCGAUUGACGCGUUCAGGGAACAACACAUGCCUGCACCUGAUGCAAUGCUGGGUUGUUUGUAAGUUUUGCUAUGCAAUUCCAAACCUAAAUGAGGAGAAGAGGCGGCCCUGCAUCCCAGAGCAAACAGAAACGAAGCUGAAAGGAGAAACUAUGACUUGGAACGACACCACUAUGGAUGGGGAAGGGUUGCUUGUGGAAAGGGACUCUUCCUUUCGGAUCCUCACGGGCUGCUUCCUCUCGUUGCUGAUCCUCUCCACGCUGCUGGGAAACACGCUGGUCUGCGCAGCUGUCAUUAGGUUUCGCCACCUCAGGUCCAAAGUGACCAACUUCUUUGUCAUCUCCUUGGCCGUGUCAGACCUCUUGGUGGCGGUUUUGGUCAUGCCUUGGAAAGCUGUGUCAGAGAUCGCUGGUUUCUGGCCUUUUGGUUCAUUUUGCAACAUCUGGGUGGCCUUUGAUAUUAUGUGCUCAACAGCCUCCAUCUUAAAUCUCUGUGUCAUUAGCGUGGACAGAUACUGGGCCAUCUCCAGCCCAUUCAGGUAUGAGAGGAAAAUGACCCCCAAGGCAGCCUUCAUCAUGAUCAGUGUGGCGUGGACUUUGUCUGUGUUGAUUUCCUUCAUCCCUGUCCAGCUCAACUGGCACAAGGCUACAACCACGAGCUUUUUGGACCUGAAUGCCAGUUUAGAAGGUAUAAGCAUGGACAACUGUGAUUCUAGUCUAAACAGGAUGUAUGCCAUCUCCUCUUCUCUAAUUAGCUUCUAUAUACCUGUGGCCAUCAUGAUAGUAACCUACACAAGGAUAUACCGGAUUGCUCAGAAGCAAAUACGACGAAUUUCAGCUUUGGAGAGAGCAGCAGUGCAUGCCAAGAACUGCCAGAACACAAGUGGCAACAGGAGCAGCAUGGACUGUCAGCAACCUGAGAGCAAUUUCAAAAUGUCCUUCAAGAGGGAAACAAAGGUUCUAAAGACUUUGUCUGUGAUCAUGGGGGUGUUUGUGUGCUGCUGGUUGCCAUUUUUCGUGUUGAACUGCAUGAUUCCCUUCUGCGAGCCCACCCAACCGUCCAAGGGAGCAGAAGCUUUCUGCAUUAACUCCACCACUUUCGACGUUUUUAUUUGGUUUGGAUGGGCUAAUUCUUCCCUAAACCCCAUCAUUUAUGCCUUCAAUGCUGAUUUCCGCAAGGCAUUUUCCACCCUGCUAGGAUGCUACAGGCUCUGCCCCAUGUCCGGCAAUGCUAUAGAGACUGUUAGCAUUAACAACAACGGAGCAGUUGUUUUUUCAAGCCAACAUGAGCCCAAAGGCUCCAGCCCCAAAGAGUCGAAUCUGGUUUAUCUGAUCCCACAUGCAAUCAUCUGUCCAGAAGAAGAACCUCUAAAAAAGGAAGAAGAAGGUGAACUAUCUAAGACCUUGGACAAAAUGUCUCCAGCACUGUCGGGUAUUUUGGAUUAUGAAGCUGACGUUUCUUUGGAAAAGAUCAAUCCCAUUACACAAAAUGGGCAGCAUAAAACCUGAACAGUAAGGUGUACCCAGCAAAACAUGAUAGUGUACAAUGUGAUAAUCU